GAUGUGCCCCCGCCGGGGUCCCCCGGUUGCGUGAGGACACCUCCUCUGAGGGGGGCCGCUCGCCCCUCUCCGGAACCCCGGGGCCCCGGCUGGCCAGAGAAUGGACGAGGAGGAGGAUGGAGCGGGCACCGAGGAGUCGGGACAGCCCCGGAGCUUCAUGCAGCUUAACGACCUGUCUGGGGCCGGGGGCCGGCCGGAGCCGGGGUCGGCGGAAAAGGACCCGGGCAGCGCGGACUCCGAAGCGGAGGGGCUGCCGUAUCCGGCGCUGGCCCCGGUGGUUUUCUUCUACUUGAGCCAGGACAGCCGCCCGCGGAGCUGGUGUCUCCGCACGGUCUGUAACCCCUGGUUCGAGCGCAUCAGCAUGUUGGUCAUUCUUCUCAACUGUGUGACCCUGGGCAUGUUCCGGCCAUGUGAGGACAUUGCCUGUGACUCUCAGAGGUGCCGAAUUCUGCAGGCCUUUGAUGACUUCAUCUUUGCCUUCUUCGCCGUGGAAAUGGUGGUGAAGAUGGUGGCCUUGGGUAUAUUUGGGAAGAAGUGUUACCUGGGAGACACUUGGAACCGGCUUGACUUUUUCAUCGUCAUCGCAGGGAUGCUGGAGUAUUCACUGGACCUGCAGAAUGUCAGCUUCUCAGCUGUCAGGACAGUCCGUGUGCUGCGACCACUCCGGGCCAUUAACCGGGUGCCCAGCAUGCGUAUCCUGGUCACCUUGCUGUUGGACACACUACCCAUGCUGGGCAAUGUCCUGCUGCUCUGCUUCUUCGUCUUCUUCAUCUUUGGCAUCGUUGGUGUCCAGCUGUGGGCGGGGCUGCUUCGGAACCGAUGCUUCCUCCCUGAGAAUUUCAGCCUCCCCCUGAGCGUGGACCUGGAGCGCUACUACCAGACAGAGAAUGAGGACGAGAGCCCCUUCAUCUGCUCCCAACCUCGGGAGAACGGCAUGCGUUCCUGCAGGAGUGUACCCACACUGCGAGGGGAGGGUGGCGGCGGCCCACCCUGUGGUCUGGACUAUGAAGCUUACAACAGCUCCAGCAACACCACCUGUGUCAACUGGAACCAGUACUAUACCAACUGCUCUGCAGGCGAGCACAACCCCUUCAAGGGUGCCAUCAAUUUCGAUAACAUCGGCUAUGCCUGGAUCGCUAUCUUCCAGGUCAUCACGCUGGAGGGCUGGGUCGACAUCAUGUACUUUGUGAUGGACGCUCACUCCUUCUACAACUUCAUCUACUUCAUCCUCCUCAUCAUCGUGGGCUCUUUCUUCAUGAUCAACCUGUGCCUGGUGGUGAUUGCCACGCAGUUCUCAGAGACCAAGCAACGGGAAAGCCAGCUAAUGCGGGAGCAGCGCGUGCGAUUCCUGUCCAAUGCCAGCACUCUGGCUAGCUUCUCUGAGCCUGGCAGCUGCUAUGAGGAGUUGCUAAAGUACCUGGUGUACAUCCUUCGCAAGGCAGCUCGCAGGCUGGCCCAGGUCUCUCGGGCCGCAGGUGUGCGGGCUGGGUUGCUGAGCAGCCCAGCAGCCCUCGGGGGCCAGGAGCCUCAGCCCAGCGGCACCUGCUCUCGCUCACACCGCCGCCUGUCUGUCCACCACCUGGUCCACCACCACCACCACCAUCAUCACCAUUACCACCUGGGCAAUGGGACACUCAGGGCCCCGCGAGCUAGCCCGGAGAUCAAAGAUAGGGAUGCCAGUGGGUCCCGCCGGCUCAUGCUGCCACCACCCUCGACACCCACCCUCUCCAGUGGCCCUCCAGGGGGUGCCGAGUCUGUGCACAGCUUCUAUCACGCCGACUGCCACUUGGAGCCCGUCCGUUGCCAGGCGCCCCCUCCACGAUCCCCAUCUGAAGCAUCUGGCAGGACUGUGGGUAGUGGGAAAGUGUACCCCACUGUGCACACCAGCCCUCCACCGGAGAUGUUGAAGGAGAAGGCACUAGUCGAAGUGGUCCCCAGCUCUGGGCCCCCCACCCUCACCAGCCUCAACAUCCCACCUGGGCCCUACAGCUCCAUGCACAAGCUGCUGGAGACGCAGAGUACAGGUGUCUGCCACAGCUCCUGCAAGGUUUCUAGUCCCUGCUCCAAGGCAGAUAGUGGAGCCUGUAGCCCAGACAGUUGCCCCUAUUGUGCCCGAGUGGGGACAGGAGAGCUGGAGCCUGCCGACCACGAGCUGCCUGACUCAGACAGCGAGGCUGUUUACGAGUUUACACAGGAUGCCCAGCACAGCGAUCUCCGUGACCCUCACAGUCGACGACACCGGCGGAGCCUGGGCCCAGACACAGAGCCCAGCCCUGUGUUGGUCUUCUGGAGGCUGAUCUGUGACACUUUCCGGAAGAUUGUGGACAGCAAAUACUUUGGUCGGGGAAUCAUGAUUGCUAUCCUGGUCAAUACCCUCAGCAUGGGCAUCGAGUACCACGAGCAGCCUGAAGAGCUCACCAAUGCCCUGGAGAUUAGCAACAUUGUCUUCACCAGCCUCUUUGCCCUGGAGAUGCUGCUGAAGCUGCUGGUGUAUGGCCCCUUUGGCUACAUCAAGAACCCCUACAACAUCUUUGAUGGUGUCAUUGUUGUCAUCAGCGUGUGGGAGAUCGUGGGCCAGCAGGGGGGUGGCCUGUCGGUGCUGCGGACCUUCCGCCUGAUGCGGGUGCUGAAGCUGGUGCGCUUCCUGCCGGCGCUGCAGCGGCAGCUCGUGGUGCUUAUGAAGACCAUGGACAACGUGGCCACCUUCUGCAUGCUGCUCAUGCUCUUUAUCUUCAUCUUCAGCAUCCUGGGCAUGCAUCUCUUUGGCUGCAAGUUUGCAUCUGAGCGGGACGGGGACACACUGCCAGACCGGAAGAAUUUUGACUCCCUGCUCUGGGCCAUCGUCACUGUGUUUCAGAUCCUGACCCAAGAGGACUGGAACAAAGUCCUCUACAAUGGCAUGGCCUCCACAUCUUCCUGGGCUGCGCUUUACUUCAUUGCCCUCAUGACCUUCGGCAACUAUGUCCUCUUUAAUCUGCUGGUCGCCAUUCUGGUGGAGGGCUUCCAGGCAGAGGGAGAUGCCACGAAGUCCGAGUCAGAGCCUGAUUUCUUCUCACCCAGCGUGGAUGGCGAUGGAAACAGGAAGAAGCACUUGGCCUUGGUGUCCCUGGGAGAGCACCCAGAGCUUCGGAAGAGCCUGCUUCCACCGCUUAUCAUCCACACAGCUGCCACACCCAUGUCACUGCCCAAGAGCUCCAGCACCGGCCAGGGCGAGGCUCUGGGCCCCAGCUCUCGUUGUACCAGCAGCAGUGGGUCGGCUGAUCCUGGGGCAGCCCAUGAGAUGAAGUCACCGCCCAGUGCCCGCAGCUCCCCACACAGCCCUUGGAGCGCGGCAAGCAGCUGGACCAGCAGACGCUCCAGCCGGAACAGCCUGGGCCGUGCCCCAAGCCUGAAGCGAAGGAGUCCUAGUGGGGAGAGACGAUCCCUCUUGUCAGGUGAGGGCCGGGAGAGCCAGGAUGAGGAUGAGAGCUCAGAAGAAGAGCGGGCCAGUCCAGCAGGCAGUGACCGGCGCCAUCGAGGCUCCCUGGAGCGUGAGGCCAAGAGCUCCUUCGACCUGCCGGACACCCUGCAGGUGCCUGGGCUGCACCGCACAGCCAGUGGCCGCAGCUCUACCUCUGAGCACCAGGACUGCAAUGGCAAGUCAGCUUCGGGGCGCCUGGCCCAAGCGCUGCGGCCCGAUGACCCACCGCUGGAUGGGGACGAUGGGGAUGAUGAGGGCAACCUGAGCAAAGGGGAACGGAUUCGAGCCUGGAUCCGAGCCAGGCUCCCUGCCUGCUGCCGUGAGCGAGACUCCUGGUCUGCCUACAUCUUCCCUCCUCAGUCAAGAUUCCGACUCCUCUGUCACCGGAUUAUCACCCACAAGAUGUUCGAUCACGUGGUCCUCGUCAUCAUCUUCCUCAACUGUAUCACCAUUGCCAUGGAGCGCCCCAAAAUUGACCCCCAUAGUGCUGAACGCAUCUUCCUGACCCUCUCCAACUACAUCUUCACUGCAGUCUUUCUAGCUGAAAUGACAGUAAAGGUGGUGGCUCUGGGCUGGUGCUUCGGGGAGCAGGCAUAUCUGCGCAGCAGCUGGAAUGUGCUGGACGGGCUGCUGGUGCUCAUCUCAGUCAUCGACAUCCUGGUGUCCAUGGUCUCCGACAGUGGUACCAAGAUCCUGGGCAUGCUGAGGGUGCUGCGGCUGCUGCGGACCCUGCGCCCACUCAGGGUAAUCAGCCGGGCCCAGGGUCUGAAGCUGGUGGUGGAGACACUGAUGUCCUCCUUGAAGCCCAUUGGCAACAUCGUGGUCAUCUGUUGUGCCUUUUUCAUCAUUUUUGGCAUCCUGGGGGUUCAGCUCUUCAAAGGGAAGUUCUUCGUGUGCCAGGGUGAGGACACCAGGAAUAUUACCAAUAAGUCCGACUGUGCCGAGGCCAGCUACCGGUGGGUUCGGCACAAGUACAACUUUGACAACCUUGGCCAGGCCCUAAUGUCGCUGUUUGUGCUGGCCUCCAAAGACGGUUGGGUAGACAUCAUGUACGACGGGCUGGAUGCUGUGGGUGUGGACCAGCAGCCCAUUAUGAACCAUAACCCUUGGAUGCUUCUGUACUUCAUCUCCUUCCUGCUCAUUGUGGCCUUCUUUGUCCUGAACAUGUUUGUGGGUGUGGUGGUGGAGAAUUUCCACAAGUGCCGGCAGCACCAAGAGGAGGAGGAGGCAAGGCGCCGGGAGGAGAAGCGGCUGCGGAGACUGGAGAAAAAGAGAAGGAGUAAGGAGAAGCAGAUGGCCGAUCUAAUGUUGGACGAUGUAAUUGCUCCCGGCAGCUCAGCCAGCGCUGCGUCAGAAGCCCAAUGCAAGCCCUACUACUCUGACUACUCCCGCUUCCGGCUGCUCGUCCACCACCUGUGUACCAGCCACUACCUGGACCUCUUCAUCACCGGUGUCAUCGGGUUGAAUGUGGUCACCAUGGCCAUGGAACAUUACCAGCAGCCCCAGAUCUUGGAUGAGGCGCUGAAGAUCUGCAAUUACAUCUUCACUGUCAUCUUUGUCUUGGAGUCCGUUUUCAAACUAGUGGCCUUUGGCUUCCGUCGUUUUUUCCAGGACAGGUGGAACCAGCUGGACCUGGCCAUUGUGCUGCUGUCCAUCAUGGGCAUUACGUUGGAGGAGAUCGAGGUCAAUGCCUCACUGCCCAUCAACCCCACCAUCAUCCGUAUCAUGCGGGUGCUUCGCAUUGCCCGAGUGCUGAAGCUGUUGAAGAUGGCUGUGGGCAUGCGGGCGCUGCUGGAUACAGUGAUGCAGGCUCUGCCCCAGGUGGGGAACCUGGGACUUCUCUUCAUGUUGUUAUUUUUCAUCUUUGCAGCUCUGGGAGUGGAGCUCUUUGGAGACCUGGAGUGUGACGAGACACACCCUUGUGAGGGCCUGGGCCGGCAUGCCACCUUCCGGAACUUUGGCAUGGCCUUCCUGACCCUCUUCCGAGUCUCCACAGGUGACAACUGGAAUGGCAUUAUGAAGGACACCCUGCGGGACUGUGACCAAGAAUCUACCUGCUACAACACGGUCAUCUCACCCAUCUACUUCGUGUCCUUCGUGCUCACGGCUCAGUUCGUGUUGGUGAACGUGGUGAUUGCCGUGCUGAUGAAGCACCUGGAGGAAAGCAACAAAGAAGCCAAAGAAGAAGCCGAGCUGGAGGCCGAGCUGGAGCUGGAGAUGAAGACACUCAGCCCACAGCCCCACUCACCACUAGGCAGCCCUUUCCUUUGGCCUGGGGUUGAGGGCCCUGACAGCCCCGACAGCCCCAAGUCCAGAGCCCCCCAUGCAGUGGCCCACACUGGAGCAGCCUCACACUUCUCUCUGGAGCACCCCACGAUGGAGCCCCACAUCAAGCAGGUACCCCUCACCCUGGGACCAGACUUGCUGACUGUGCGCAAGUCUGGGGUCAGCCGGACGCACUCUCUGCCCAAUGACAGCUACAUGUGCCGGGAUGAGAGCACUGCCGAAGGGUCCCUGGGACACGGAGGCUGGGGUCUUCCCAAAGCCCAGUCAGGCUCCAUCUUGUCCGUUCACUCCCAGCCAGCAGACACCAGCUAUGUCCUGCAGCUUCCCAAAGAUGCACCACAUUUGCUCCAGCCUCACAGUGUCCCCACCUGGGGCACCAUCCCUAAACUUCCCCCGCCCGGCCGCUCGCCUCUGGCUCAGAGGCCACUCAGGCGCCAGGCAGCAAUAAGGACGGAUUCCUUGGACGUGCAAGGCCUGGGCAGCCGGGAAGACUUGCUGUCGGAUGUGGGCAGGCCCUCUCCACCUCUGGCUCGUUCCUCCUCCUUCUGGGGCCGGUCAAGCAUCCAGAUACAGCCACCUUCCCACAGCAAGCUCCCGUCGAAGCACAUGCCCCCACCAGCCCCAUGCCCAGGCCUGGAUCCUAAUUGGGGCAAAGACCCUCCAGAGACCAGGAGCAGCUUAGAACUGGACACGGAGCUGAGCUGGAUUUCAGGAGACCUCCUGCCUGCCAGCAGCCAGGAUGAGCCCCCGUCCCCACGGGACCUGAAGAAGUGCUACAGUGUGGAGGCUCAGAGUGGCCGACGCAGGCCUGCAUCCUGGCUGGACGAUCAGAGGAGGCACUCCAUCGCUGUCAGCUGUCUGGACAGUGGCUCUCAGUCCCACCUAGCUGCAGACCCCUCAAGCCUUGGGGGUCAACCUCUUGGAGGCCCUGGGAGCCGGCCCAAGAAAAAACUGAGCCCACCCAGUAUCUCUAUAGACCCUCCGGAGAACCAGGGCCUUCGAACCCCAUCCAGCCCUGGCAUCUGCCUCCGGAGGAGGGCUCCGUCCAGCGACUCCAAGGAUCCCUUGGCCUCCGGCCCCCCUGACAGCAUGGCUGCCUCACCCUCCCCAAAGAAAGAUGUACUGAGUCUCUCUGGUUUGUCCUCUGACCCAGCAGACCUGGACCCCUGAGUCCCACCCACUCUCCCAUUCACCUUUCUCCACUGGGUGCACAUCUUAGCUCCUCCUGGGCCAUAUUCCUGAGAAGUCCCAUAGAGACAACUAGGAGGCUCUCCUCCCUGCCUCCGUGGUUCUGGGCAUCUGCAAGCAGGACUUCCAGAGAGUCCGAAGAGCAGCCCUGACAAUUUCCACUCCAGGCAGAAAGAGAGGGAGAGGCCCAGCAUGGCCAAGGUUCCCACACCAGGAGCUAUUGGGAGAAAGCAAUACGUUUGUGCAGAAUCUCUAUGUAUAUUCUAUUUUAUUAAAUUAAUUGAAUCUAGUA